AUGUUCGGAGGCCGCGGCCCUCGCCUGCCAGCGGGCCCCAGCGCCCGGCAGCUCCUGGCGCGGCUGGACGCGCGCCCCCUGGCGGCCCGAGCUGCGGCCGACGUGGCGGCGCUGGUGCGCAGGGCCGGCGCCACAUUGCACCUGCGCCCCAAGGAGGCUGUUAGCGUGCUGGACUCUGCAGACAUAGAAGUCACAGACAGUCGCCUGCCUCAUCCCAUUGCUGUGGAUCACCAGCCCCAGCAUCGUCGGUCAGAGACCCUGGGUACGUGUAGUGCACUUCCUGGAGUGACCCAGAGUAAGGCACAUCAUGCUUCGAAGCCGUCCCAGACCUCUGGUCAGUUCUGUGUGGAGCUGGUCCGCGGUUCCGCAGGCUUUGGCCUCACCUUGAGCGGCGGCCACGAUGUAAAUGGGGACGCUCCGCUGGCGGUUCGCGGGCUGCUGAAGGACGGGCCUGCACAGCGCUGUGGUCGCUUGCAGGUCGGCGACCUAGUGCUCCACAUCAACGAAGAGUCAACGCAGGGCCUCACCCAUGCCCAGGUCGUGGAGCGGAUCCGUACUGGAGGUCCCCGGCUCCGCCUGGUGCUCUACCGGCCUCUCAAGACCCAUCCCGGCAAGCCUGAGAGCGUGGGAAGGUCCCAGAUAGGAGGUGAUCGCAGCCCAGAUCCUGGGGAGCCGGAGGUGAUGAGGUCUCGCAGCAGCAGCACUUCCCCAGUUCAGCACCCUCGAUCCCGCACAACGCACAAGACCCGGGACAGCCUGGAGCCUAGUCCAGAGGCGGCGGCCCACGGUCCCGCGGUUCCUCCCCGUGAGGACCGCAUCCCGGGUUCCCCGGGGCCCUGGUUGGUGCCAAGCGAGGAACGUCUCUCGCGGGCCCUAGGGGUCUCUGGGGCGGCGCAGCUCGCUCAGGAGAUGUCAGCCGGAAGGCGGAGGCACUGAGCCUAUGUCAGACUGCUCGGUGCUUCGUUGGUGCCGCCCAACCUGGAUCUGGUGUGCCAGGCUCGCCUCGCACUGGCACCGCCCCGAGCGUCCGCUUGGUCUGGUCCCCACCCCCCUCGUCCCGCUGCGCAGUCAGUCAGCCCGCACUCCCCUCUCAACGUCAGUGGUACGGCCGGUCCAGCCCGGCCAGCCCUGCGCUUCUGGUUUGGGCGAGGGAAGUAUUAAAAUGGUUCCAUCCAGUCUUGACUUGCCA